AUGGGUUUUAACCUAACAAUGUUGUUUUGUCUGGCUAUAUUUCCUUCUGUUCUUUCCUGGAAUCUAAAUUGGAAACCCCUAGGUCCCCAGGGUGCUAAAGUGGCCAAACCAGCCCCUAAGGCAUGGAAGUUCUUGGUAAUUGCCAUAGAAAAUCACAAUAAGACCAUCGCCUUUACCUUCUGUCCAGUGACAGGAUGUGCUAGUACUAUAAGCUUCACCUUUGAUAUAAGGGACACCUGCCAAGGGAAAAGUAUAUAUGAAUUUUACAAUGCUAUGAUAUCUCCUAUAUAUGUUUGUUUUGUAUAUGAGCAAACUUGCUCAGACUGUAAGGACACAAAUUAUGGAGGCUGUCCACACUGGGGCUGCAAAUAUCAUAGUACUUCAAGAUGGGGUGGAGAAAAUCCAUCCAGACUCAACUCAGUUGAUUGGCGUACUAAGGUCACAUACUCGAUCCCUGACCCUUGGAAUGACAGAUGGAGAACAGAGGUUGAGGGCUAUAUCUACAGACAUAAUGAGAAGGAUACAGGCUAUGACAAGAAGACUAAGAUAUUCAUCUUUAGAAGUUUAGACAUAUUUACACCUCCAAAAUCCUCUGUUUGA